GCAAACGAAGACAGCCUCGGGGUCCUUGAGCACGUCUGACGUCACCAAUUCUCCCUCGGUCCUCGGUGGGGAAAACGUGGAAGAGUGUAGUUCACGUUGCGUUGUGAAUUUCCCAACAAACUGACUUUUUGAUCGGGGGGUUAAGCAAAGAUUCACGGACUUAAACCCCCUUACCUCGCUCACAAGAAUGGAGUACAUGCAAGCUCCUGCUACAAGCAGCCAGGGGAAUAUCCUGUGCUGUACCUGUGGUAUCCCCAUUCCUCCGAACCCCGCCAACAUGUGUGUGGCCUGCCUGCGUACUCAGGUCGACAUCUCAGAGGGAAUCCCCAAGCAGGUCACGGUGCACUUCUGCAAGCAGUGUGAAAGAUACUUGCAGCCUCCAGGUACUUGGGUGCAGUGUGCUUUAGAGUCCAGGGAACUGCUGGCCCUUUGCCUGAAAAAAAUAAAGAGCUCUAUGACCAAGGUACGUCUCAUCGAUGCUGGCUUCCUGUGGACAGAGCCGCACUCUAAAAGGAUUAAGAUGAAAGUGACCAUCCAGAAAGAGGUGAUGAAUGGUGCCAUCCUACAGCAGGUGUUUGUGGUCGAGUUUGUCAUCCAGUACCAGAUGUGUGACGACUGCCAUCGUGUGGAAGCCAAGGACUUCUGGAAGGCUGUGGUUCAAGUCAGACAAAAGACUCUUCACAAAAAGACUUUCUACUAUCUGGAGCAACUGAUCCUGAAACACAAACUCCACCAAAAUGCCCUUAAUAUCAAAGAAAUCCACGAGGGCAUUGACUUCUACUAUGGCUCCAAGCAGCAUGCACAGAAGAUGGCUGAUUUCCUUCAGUGCACUGUGCCCUGCAGGUCAAAGACGUCCCAGCGCCUCAUCUCUCAUGACAUCCAUUCAAACACGUAUAACUACAAGAGCACCUUCUCUGUAGAGAUCGUACCCGUCUGCAAGGACAACGUAGUGUGUCUCUCACCACGGCUGGCGCAGAGCCUGGGGAACAUGGGUCAAGUGUGUGUGUGCGUCCGUGUGACCAGCACCAUCCACCUCAUCGAUCCCAACACCCUGCAGAUUGCCGAGGUGGACGGAAACACGUUCUGGCGAUACCCCUUCAGCAGUCUUUGUAACCCCCGGCAGCUGGAGGAAUUCAUCGUCAUGGACAUUGAUAUCAUCAGAGACCAGAAGCUUGGAGCUGGGGCCGGCAUGAGGUCCAAUAAGCACACUCUGGCAGAGGUGUGGGUUCAGAAAACCUCAGAGAUGGACACGAGUCAGCAGUAUCACUGCCGCACAUUCUUGGGCCACCUGCUCAACAUUGGAGACCUUGUGCUGGGGUUUGAUUUUGCCAAUUCCAACAUCAACGACGAGUACCUGAAUAAGAUGAACCCUCACCACGUCCCUGAUGUGGUGUUGAUCAAGAAGAGCUACGACCGCAGCAGGAGGGUGAGGCGCAGGAACUGGAAGCUGCAGGAGAUGUCUAAAGACCGUGAAGGCAUGGACACAGACGAAGAGAGACAAUACCAGGACUUCCUGGAGGACCUGGAGGAGGAUGAGGCGCUGAGGAAGAAUGUUAACAUUUAUAGAGAUGCAUCAAAGAUCCCUGUGGAGAGUGACACCGAUGAUGACGGAGCACCUCAGAUCUCACUGAUGGAGAUGUUGGAGGAGCUGAGCCUGUCGGACGCAACAGGAGGAGAGGGUGCUGACAUGAUGACGGACUGACCAAUCAGUGACAUACCAAACUGCUUGAUAGAAUUAAACAUCUGAAAACCAGUUGGGGACAAAUUAAACAUCCAGAAAUGAUAUGUUUCAUGUGGAGAUUAAACAACCCAGUGUGGUGUAAUGACACAUUACACUUUAAACCCAAAAACAUAAACUGUGCUGGUAAUGAUAAUAGUUUAUAGAAAAAAGUUUCUGUUCAGAAACUGGACUCUCAGUUUUUUUAAACUGAUCCUCCACUCCUUAUCCUCAUGGCAUGGAAUUUCUAUACAAACGUCAACAAAAUCAAACAUAUUUCUCAAUUAUUUUUCUCCUAUUCAUGCGAAACUGAACUGAUGUGAGAAAUGACAAUUCUAGUUCAGCAUAUAGAAAAUAAAUAUAUUUCCAUAUGCA